CUCUCAUCCUCAUUACCAAGCCCACCUUUGCGAGGCCGGGAUUUCCCCUCCUGCGCCACCAGAAAUGGGCCUAAGGUUGAAGUCCACGGACAGUCAAUUCCAAGCAAACCAAACCGGACGCGGGUUUCAAUACGAAGGCGCCGCUGAUUUUGUACGCUGUACUACUACGUCCACUGGCUGGUGGGACACAAGAAAAGCGGAAACAACUGCGGUCUCUGGUUUUGCGGCCAACUCAUCCAUUCGGAAAUGUUUUGAGGAAGCCAACCCGUUCGAUCGUCCUUUUAAUUAAUUACACGCUCAGAUUACACUAUAAAUACCAUCGCGACCAUCAGCCUUCCCAUCUCUUCAGCUUCAUUCAGCUGGCAAUUGAGGAAAUCUUAUAUUGCAAACGCUUCGCAAGAAAUCAACCGAAGCCAAGGAUGUCAGGCACUGCUGGUCAGGUCAUAAGAUGCAAAGCUGCGGUGGCAUGGGGUGCUGGAAAGCCACUGGUGAUCGAAGAAGUGGAGGUGGCGCCACCGCAGGCAAUGGAGGUUCGUCUGAAGAUACUCUUCACCUCCCUCUGCCACACCGAUGUUUACUUCUGGGAAGCCAAGGGGCAAACCCCACUGUUUCCUCGCAUAUUUGGCCACGAAGCUGGCGGGAUUGUGGAGAGCGUGGGGGAGGGUGUGACGGACCUUGAACCUGGUGACCAUGUGCUCCCGGUAUUCACUGGGGAGUGCAAGGAGUGCCGGCAUUGUAAGUCAGAGGAGAGCAACAUGUGCGACCUCCUCAGGAUAAACACAGACCGAGGGGUGAUGCUCAACGAUGGAAAAUCAAGAUUUUCUAUCGAUGGGAAUCCCAUUUACCAUUUUGUUGGAACUUCCACCUUCAGUGAAUACACUGUGGUUCAUGUGGGUUGUGUUGCCAAGAUCAACCCUGCUGCCCCUCUUGACAAAGUCUGUGUCCUCAGCUGUGGAAUCUCAACAGGUCUUGGUGCUACCUUGAACGUUGCAAAACCAACAAAGGGUUCAACAGUAGCCAUUUUUGGAUUGGGUGCUGUGGGCCUUGCUGCUGCUGAAGGGGCUAGAAUUGCGGGUGCUUCAAGGAUUAUUGGAGUUGAUCUGAAUCCAAAGAGGUUUAAUGAGGCCAAGAAGUUUGGUGUCACGGAGUUUGUAAACCCAAAAGACCAUAGCAAGCCUGUUCAAGAGGUUAUAGCAGAGAUGACCAAUGGAGGAGUUGACCGGAGUGUUGAGUGCACUGGAAACAUCAAUGCUAUGAUUUCUGCAUUCGAAUGUGUUCAUGAUGGAUGGGGUGUUGCAGUACUUGUUGGUGUGCCAAACAAGGAUGAUGCAUUCAAAACUCAUCCAAUGAAUCUCUUGAAUGAAAGGACUCUUAAGGGUACCUUCUUUGGGAACUAUAAACCACGAUCUGAUCUCCCAUCAGUGGUGGAAAAGUAUAUGAACAAGGAGCUUGAACUGGAGAAGUUUAUCACCCAUGAAGUCCCUUUCUCAGAUAUCAACAAAGCCUUCGAGUACAUGCUUCAAGGAGAUGGCCUAAGAUGCAUUAUACGCAUGGAUGCAUAAAAACAGAGAGAGAGAGAGAGAGAGAGAGAGAGAGUAAAUGGAAAACAGUAAACCUUUUGUGAUAGCUUUUUGUUUCUGCAUAUUUUCUUGUACUUCGAGUAAAUGAAAUAAAAUAUCAAUCUGCAGCUUCUACA